AUCCCGGCUGCUGCGCGGCGGCGGCGGCCCAGGCGAAGGCGGCGAAGGCGGGCGGCGGCCUAGAGCAGCGGCGGCGGCGGCCCGGGAGCUCGCGCCGGAGCCCGAGCCAGCGCGCUGUGGAGUGAGGAGAGCGGCCGGCGCCCUCCGUCGUGCCGCUGAGGACAUGACUGGCACCCGGGAACGUUCUGGGUGAAAGCCCAGCCUCUGUGGUUCUUAAUGCCUCAGCAGGAUUAUUUCCACUAAAGAUGGAAACACUGGAGUCUGAAUUGACCUGUCCAAUCUGCCUAGAGUUGUUUGAGGACCCCCUUCUGCUCCCGUGUGCUCAUAGCCUUUGCUUCAGCUGUGCUCAUCGAAUUUUGGUCUCGAGCUGCAGCUCUGGCGAAUCCAUUGAACCCAUUACUGCUUUCCAGUGUCCUACGUGCCGGUAUGUUAUCUCGCUGAACCACCGGGGUCUGGACGGCCUCAAGAGGAAUGUGACCCUGCAGAACAUUAUUGACCGUUUCCAGAAGGCUUCAGUAAGUGGGCCCAACUCCCCAAGCGAGAGCCGCCGGGAGAGAACUUACAGGCCCAGCACCACCAUGUCUAGCGAGCGAAUUGCUUGCCAAUUCUGUGAGCAGGACCCACCACGGGAUGCAGUGAAAACAUGUAUCACCUGUGAGGUCUCCUACUGUGACCGUUGCCUACGGGCCACGCACCCCAACAAGAAACCUUUCACCAGCCACCGCCUGGUCGAACCAGUGCCAGACACACAUCUCCGAGGGAUCACCUGCCUGGACCAUGAGAAUGAGAAAGUGAACAUGUACUGUGUAUCUGAUGACCAAUUGAUCUGUGCCUUAUGCAAACUGGUGGGGCGUCACCGAGACCACCAGGUCGCCUCCCUGAACGAUCGAUUUGAAAAACUCAAGCAAACUCUGGAGAUGAACCUCACCAACUUGGUUAAGCGCAACAGUGAACUAGAAAACCAAAUGGCCAAACUAAUACAGAUCUGUCAACAGGUUGAGGUGAAUACUGCUAUGCAUGAGGCAAAACUUAUGGAAGAAUGUGACGAGUUGGUAGAGAUCAUCCAGCAGAGGAAGCAAAUGAUUGCUGUCAAAAUCAAAGAGACAAAGGUUAUGAAAUUGAGAAAGUUGGCACAGCAGGUUGCUAAUUGCCGCCAGUGUCUUGAAAGGUCAACAGUUCUCAUCAAUCAAGCUGAGCAUAUCCUGAAAGAAAAUGACCAGGCACGGUUUCUACAGACUGCAAAAAAUAUUGCUGAGAGAGUCGCUAUGGCAACUGCAUCCUCUCAAGUUCUGAUUCCAGACAUCAAUUUUAAUGAUGCCUUUGAAAACUUUGCUUUAGAUUUUUCCAGAGAAAAGAAAUUGCUUGAGGGGCUAGAUUAUUUAACAGCCCCAAACCCACCAUCUAUCCGAGAAGAACUCUGUACAGCCUCCCAUGACACCAUUACGGUCCACUGGAUCUCAGAUGAUGAGUUCAGCAUCAGCUCCUAUGAGCUUCAGUACACCAUAUUCACUGGCCAGGCUAACUUCAUCAGUAAGUCAUGGUGUAGUUGGGGCCUGUGGCCAGAGAUAAGGAAAUGUAAGGAAGCAGUAAGCUGCUCAAGAAUGGCCGGGGCGCCACGAGGUCUAUAUAAUUCAGUGGAUAGCUGGAUGAUUGUGCCCAACAUUAAACAGAACCAUUACACAGUGCAUGGACUGCAGAGUGGGACCCGCUACAUCUUCAUUGUUAAAGCCAUAAACCAAGCAGGCAGCCGGAACAGUGAACCUACCCGACUGAAAACAAACAGCCAACCCUUUAAACUAGACCCCAAAAUGACUCACAAGAAGUUGAAGAUCUCCAAUGAUGGACUGCAGAUGGAAAAGGAUGAAAGUUCUCUGAAGAAGAGCCACACCCCGGAGAGGUUUAGUGGCACAGGGUGCUAUGGGGCAGCCGGAAAUGUAUUCAUUGACAGUGGCUGCCACUAUUGGGAGGUGGUCAUGGGCUCCUCCACAUGGUAUGCUAUUGGUAUUGCCUACAAAUCCGCUCCAAAGAAUGAAUGGAUUGGCAAGAACGCCUCCUCAUGGGUCUUCUCUCGCUGCAAUAGUAACUUUGUGGUGAGACAUAACAACAAGGAGAUGCUCGUGGACGUGCCCCCACAGCUGAAGCGUCUGGGUGUCCUCUUGGAUUACGACAACAAUAUGUUAGCCUUCUAUGACCCAGCUAACUCUCUCCAUCUUCAUACUUUUGAUGUGACCUUCAUUCUUCCAGUUUGCCCAACAUUCACAAUCUGGAACAAAUCCCUAAUGAUCCUCUCUGGUUUGCCUGCCCCAGAUUUUAUUGAUUACCCCGAGCGGCAGGAAUGCAACUGCAGGCCUCAAGAAUCCCCGUAUGUUUCUGGGAUGAAAGCUUGCCAUUAAGUUUCAAGAGAGCACAUAAUUCACUGGCUCUCCUGUUCAACAGCUUGGUUUUGUUUUUUUCCUCUCCUAAAUCUCAGUUAGUGUUCAAUAUAUGCGAUACAAAAUAAAGUUUGUUUGGAGCAUCCAAAAU